AUGGGAGACGCUCAGGUAGAUAGGGAAAGGCUGGACUCGCAUGGUAAUAGGAUUAAUAUGUUGCAUUGGAGGGUUCAUCAGUUGGAAGAGGCCCAAGAGCAAAUGCCACCUGCACCUGCACCCAAGCCAGCCCCAGCCCCGGCACCCCCCGAGCCGGAAGAAGAGUCUGAUGAAGAACCGGAAGAGGUUCCAGAGGAAGAGCCAGAAGAGGAGGAAGAAGAGCCGGAAGAGGUCCCGGAGAGUGAUGGAGACGAUGACGAUGGUGAUGACCUCGGGGAUGGAGACUUGGACGACUGA